UCAGUUCAUCAUGGGACUGUUUGGAAAAACCCAGGAGAAGCCUCCCAAAGAGCUGGUUAAUGAAUGGUCACUGAAGAUCAGAAAGGAAAUGAGAGUUGUUGACAGGCAAAUAAGAGACAUCCAAAGAGAAGAAGAGAAAGUAAAACGGUCUGUGAAAGAUGCAGCCAAGAAGGGCCAAAAGGAAGUCUGUGUGGUUCUGGCCAAGGAGAUGAUCAGGUCAAGAAAAGCUGUGAGCAAGCUCUAUGCAUCCAAAGCACACAUGAACUCUGUGCUCAUGGGCAUGAAGAACCAACUCGCGGUCCUGAGAGUAGCUGGUUCUCUGCAGAAGAGCACAGAAGUGAUGAAGGCAAUGCAGAGUCUUGUGAAGAUCCUAGAAAUCCAGGCCACCAUGUGGGAGCUGUCCAAAGAGAUGAUGAAAGCUGGAAUCAUAAAGAUGUUAGAGGAUACAUUUGAAAGCAUGGACAAUCAAGAAGAAAUGGAAGAAGCAGCAGAAAUGGAGACUGACAGAAUCCUCUUUGAAAUCACAGCAGGAACCUUGGGCAAAGCACCCAGGAAAGUAACCGAUGCCCUUCCUGAGCCUGAGCCUGCAGGAGCGAUGGCUGCCCCCGAAGAGGGAGAAGAGGAAGAAGAUGAAGAGGAUCUGGAGGCUAUGCAGUCAUGGCUGGCCACACUCAGAAGCUAG